GACGCCAUUGCGUUGCUAUGAGCUGUCGCUCCCCCUGCGGCGGCGGCGGCGGCAGCGGGCGGACCGGGCGCCGAUCCUGUGCCUGCCUUCCUCCUGACUCCUGCCUGUUUCCUGGCUCCUGCUGCCUGCCGCGCGGGCCGGGCUGUCCGUCCGGCGGCCUGGUGGCACUAGCGGGGCGGAGAGGAUGAGCACGGCGGGACCGGGCGGCAGCAGCAGCACAAGCGGCAGCAGCAGCAGCAUCGGCGCAAGCAGCAGCAGCAUCAGCAGCCGCUGCCGCGGCGGCGGGGCCGGUCGCUGAGCGAGGAGCACCGGGGCGGACGCCGGGCAUGGAGCCCCAGCCCGGCGCCUCCCGCCCGGCCGCCGAGGAGGAGGAGGACGGCGGCGGCGGGUCCGGCCGGCAGCCGGAGGCGCUGUCGCUGGAGGAGAUCCUUCGGCUCUACAACCAGCCCAUCAACGAGGAGCAGGCGUGGGCCGUGUGUUACCAGUGCUGCGCCUCGCUGCGCGCCCGCGCCCGCCGCGGAGAGACCCCCGCCGCCAGGCCGGGGGCGGCGGCCGCGCACCUCCGCGUCUGGCGGGACGGCGCCGUCACCCUGGAGCAGGACGAGCCCGACCGGCCGCCCCCGCCCGCCGCAGAUAAAUCAGGCCGUUUACACUGCACAGAAAUGGAGGUUAUUGAAUCACUAGGGAUUAUUAUAUAUAAAGCCCUGGACUAUGGUUUGAAGGAAAAUGAAGAGCGGGAAUUAAGUCCUCCACUGGAGCAGCUUAUUGACUACAUGACUAAUGCCACAGAAACAGAUGGGAGCAGGGAUGAAGGAUAUGAUGCUCUGGAUGAAGGAGUGGAGGAUGAUGAUGAUGACGAAGAGGAAGUUGAGGCCAUUCACUCCUAUAAAGAUGUCAUGAAGCUGUGUGCUGCCCACCUGCCAACCCGAUCAGAGGCGCCCAACCACUAUCAAGCAGUGUGUCGGGCUCUGUUUGCUGAAACAAUGGAGCUCUACACUUUCCUGGCCAAAAUUAAAAGUGCAAAAGAGAACCUGAAGAAGAUUCAGGAAAUGGACAAAGAAGCUAGUGAUGAAUCCAGCACGGAUCUUGAUGAACUGAAAAAUGCUGACUGGGCCCGUUUCUGGGUGCAAGUGAUGAGAGAUUUACGGAAUGGUGUUAAACUUAAGAAGGUUCAAGAGCGUCAGUACAACCCACUCCCCAUAGAAUAUCAGCUCACACCCUAUGAGAUGCUGAUGGAUGAUAUUCGAUCCAAACGCUAUACCUUAAGGAAGGUCAUGGUCAACGGUGACAUCCCACCUCGAUUAAAAAAGAGUGCCCAUGAAAUAAUCCUGGAUUUCAUCCGAUCGCGGCCUCCGUUAAAUCCUGCCUCGGCGAGGAAGCUGAAACCAACCCCGCCACGGCCCCGCAGCCUCCACGAGAGGAUCCUGGAGGAGAUCAAGGCAGAGAGGAAAUUACGUCCAGUGUCCCCUGACGAGAUCAGGCGCAGCAGGCUGGAUGUACCAACGCCAGAGGCUGGAAGAAAAUUAGUGGAAGCCUCUGUAGUGAACGGUGGCCCAGCACCACAGGGAAAGCAGAACGGGGCCACACAGGUGACAGUGCAACGCAAGAGGCUCCUUAAGGCUCCCACGUUGGCUGAACUUGACAGCUCGGAUUCAGAGGAGGAAUCGGUGCACAAAUCAGGAAGCAGCAGCAGCAUCUCCCCCUCACAAGUGGAAGACCCCUCUCAAGAAGGCACCAGCAGCAGAAAGAUGCCUCCGAAGUUCUUGCCCAUAUCGUCUACGCCGCAGCCCGAGAGACGGCAGCCGCCUCAGAGAAGACACUCCAUUGAAAAGGAAACACCAACCAAUGUGAGACAGUUCCUACCCCCUUCAAAACAGAGCUCCAGGUCACUUGUUCCUAGGAUAACCAGUUUAUUUCCAAGGAUGACUUUCAGACCACUUUUUUCAACUAUGCAAACAGCUUCUCUGCUCAGCUCUCAUCCCGUUGAAGCAGCCAUGUGUGGGGUGGCAGGGGCUAUGUACUAUCUCUGUGAGAGAGCUUUUGCCAGCAGGUGGAAACCCGCAAAGGAGGAGUUCUGUUACCCUGUGGAAUGUCUGGCUCUGACAGUGGAGGAGGUCAUGCACAUCCGUCAGGUGCUUGUGAAGGCAGAGCUGGAGAAGUACCAGCAGUAUAAAGAUGUCUACACUGCUCUCAAGAAAGGAAAGCUCUGCUUUUGCUGUCGAACAAGAAGGUUUUCUUUCUUUACCUGGUCUUACACUUGUCAGUUCUGCAAAAGGCCUGUAUGCUCACAGUGUUGCAAAAAAAUGCGGCUGCCAUCGAAGCCAUACUCCACCCUCCCCAUCUUCUCCCUGGGACCUUCAACCUUGCAAAGGGGAGAAAGCUUCAUGAGGCCAGAGAAACCCUCUACCAGUCACCACCAUUCCCUACGGAGCAGGUUGACCUCAAGGUCCAAGUCUGUGGAUAAGUCACAAGAAGAGUUUCCCAAAGAAUUAAUGGAGGACUGGAGCACAAUGGAGGUUUGCGUGGACUGCAAGAAGUUCAUCUCAGAGAUCAUCAACUCCAGCCGGCGCAGCUUGUCUCUGGCCAACAAGCGAGCCAGGUUGAAAAGGAAAACGCAGUCGUUCUACAUGUCGUCCCCAGGAACCUCGGAGUACUGCCCCUCGGAAAGGACGAUCAACGAGAUCUGAGCCGUGUGCCUUCUGCUCUGCUUCCGUCCCCGUGAGGUCACCACCCGUGAGCGAGGUCACCGGAACCGGAUUGUCACCCCCUCGCUUCGUGCCACUCGACUGGCUUGGGUUUGCAUUCCAUCAUAGGAUUCCCUACUCCAGCAGUUCCCACAGACACGGAGCGCUGUGUUUGGGUCUGUGCAGGGUGAUACACGAUGGGUCAGCAGCUCGCGCUGGGAGAAAAUCAGUGGUUUGAAAUUGUUGCCUCUUUUGUACCUGUGUGUGGAAAUGAGAAAGCCUUUUCUCGCUUUCAAUCUUUUUUUAAUCAUGCGUUGAGUCAUUUUUCAUGAGAUGAGCUGAGAGCAGGUGUCUGAUGGAGAACCAGAUCCAUCACAGUGUCAGUGUUAGCACGGUAGCAAACAGUAGGUCCUGCUGCAUUCCCACCCUCGGAACGCUCACGCCCUUGUUGAGGCAGCCGAGGGCCGUGUCGCACACCAGGCACUCAGUGUGAGCAGCUCUGGUCAAAUCCAUCUUCCUUUGAGCCGUUUUGGUUGCUCUGAGGUCGGGGUCAGCACGGGACUCUACAAUGUCAGUGUCCUGGGGCAAAGCGGGUGACCAAGCUCUUCGCCCGUGCGGUCGGUCAUACCCCUGAGCUACUGUACUUCUUAAGCCUUAGUGUCCUUCUGAGUGACUCCUGAGCAGGUUGUAGUAGUUUACUUUCUAUCUCGAAUGUAUGAUAAUGACUACUAGUAGCAGUGAAUUUUAGUAGUAGACAAAGCUGUACAGUUUAUGGGGAGGAGGGGAAAUAAGGGAGGCUUCUAAUUUUAACUGAAUACCUGUAAAAUUGUUCUCGUGGUUACUCAGAGAGAGCAGUGAGUAAGGUGUAAAUUUGUAUUAUAAUGGAGCACACAGAUACUGCUAUAGUUCUGUCUGACAGCAUAUCCACUAGUGACCCCAUUUUUACUGGGGUUUAUAACUUGGCUGUAAAAAUUUGUGUUCUGCUGAAAUUUGGGUAGUCUCUCAGAUUGGGAGCAAUCGUUCUUUUUUUCUUUAAUCUUUUUUUCGUUCUUUCCCCCUUUUUGAUUCACUCACAAGGGAGUGCUAGACUAACUGUUUAGAAGUUCCAACAGUUUUACAUUAACUGACAUCUCGUGGUUUUUUGCACUUUUUUUAUAUUCAAAAUACUUUUUUUUUUUCCUCAUUCAGUCAUAGCCAGAGUUUAGUUAAUAAUUUGGGGCCAGAUCUUUUUGGUAUUUAAAAACAAGCUAACAUAGCCAAGUUAUUAAUACUUGAAAAUCAACUACUGUAACUUUUUUCAUAAAUUUUUUAAUACCCUGAGGCAUAUUUAAUAUCUAUAUAGCAGUGUAUUAUAGAAUGACAUAGCAGAAAAGUUUCAGAUCUAUUUAUUAACAUUUCUAUACUUCGAGUUAAUGAGAGAUACCUCAGAACUGCUCCAAAGUAGCUGGGACUGGACUUCCAUAACAUAAUUUUAAAGGUGUAUUAAUUAAAACAGCUUCCUCUGUCGAAAAAGCCCAAAAGACAGACUGACCCUGUGGCCCUGGCAAGGCACAGUGCCCAGGCUGGGAGGCACCAGGGCUGCUUGGCUCCCAUUUGGCAGCCUUUGGAGCAGCCAUCCAUAUCGUCUCUUUUAGGCUGAUUUGAAAAGCACAUGCAAAGGUCUAUGUAAACCUUCCCAGGGAAUCAGCCAUCCUUGUUUUUUGUUAAAAGCCCCCUUGGAGAAUGAGAAUUUUUGCAUAUGUAGGGCUUAUUGAAAUAUUUUCUGUUUCUUUCUGAACCAAUGCAAGCAGGAAAAGCAGGGCUCAGUGCUAACUCUCCCUCCUUGCUGUCCCGUGUAAGGUCAGGUGUCACAGUCCUCUCCUCGUGGUAUCUCUGGAAGUGUCUUGCAUGUAAAGGCACCUGCAGUACUGGCGUGAGAUAGGGAUGUAGGAUUGCAGGGGAGCAGCACAGGCUGGCUGCUGGGAGGGUUCUGCUGUUGCUGCAAGGGUCGCCUGAUCUCAGUCACAUCAGCACUUUCUCUUCUUUCUGUGCCAAAACCAGGCCGUGUGUUGGCUGCACGGUGCUCCAGGGAAACCAGACGGAAACAAACGCAGGAAAUCUCACUUUGCAUCUGCCCUGUUGUUGUUGUUGUUGUUACAAUUUUUUCAUGAAGAUGCUCCCGGCCGCGUUACAGUUGUGCAGUCCUCUGCUCAGUCUGCUUCCCUGGUGUCCUCAAGCCACUGAGGUGCAGGACAUCCAGCACAUUUCUUUUCCUCUUGGAGAGGAAUUUGGGAUGAUGUAGAGCAGGCAGGAUGAAGGACUAAGUAACUCCUGAGCGUGCAAGGGAAACAAGUCUUUCCUGCCUGUGCCCUGCUCCACUCUGGCAGUGUCAGGGGUGGCUCUGGGGCAGUGGCAGAGCCUUGUGACCCGGCCUGUGCCUUCCCAGAAUCCCACGAGCCCUUGGCUCAGGGCAGGCUCUGCUGUGCUUGGUAGGGCACAAACACUGAAAAACAAUGCAGUGGUUGUACAGACAGCUCCCUGUUGCUCACACAGAGCUGCCAUGGGCCAUGGCCUGAGUAACCUCCCUUUCUCCCUGGGAAAAACCCUCCAAGCUGCUGACACAUGCUGUGGCAGGCUCCAAGAGACGUGGCGUGGAGGGCUGCCUCUCCCCUUAGCUCCAUCCCUCGCUCCCUGGCACAGCUGUGCCCUUUACCCUGGCAUUCAUUCCACAAGAGGAGAAGCAGCGGGUUGGUUGCCUGGUCGCAGGAAGCUGAAGGAGCUCAGCUCGCUGCCUGCCUGGCUCUGCAGAGUGGGCUAUUUUUAGCUUUCCAUCUCCUCCCUGCCUGCACCAGCAUCCCAAAUCCACUGCAGCCAUUGGCCCAGCACCCCGUGGUGCUGCCCAGCAUGUCCUAGUUACGGGCUGAACUUCACAUCAGCGUCAGAGGGGGAAAUCAGAAGCUUGUAAAUAUCUGUAAUAUAUUUAUUAAUAUUUAGGAAGUCUCCAUCAAUCAUGCAAUGGGAAUUGACUUUCCCAUGAUGUUUUAAAAAGGAAAUGAGUCUUAUUUAUAUGUGUGUUGGCUGUUAUCUUUUAUUAGACUUAACGCUUUCAGCCCCCUAAUACAGUUUGCACAUCUUAGAGUGAAUUACUGCUGAAAAGAACGCGGCACUAGCACAGUGAAUCCCGUUCCAUGAAUUUUAAAAUUAUUUUCUUCUGGUUUUUUUAGCUUUUUUAGUUUGCCCAAGGUCUGUUAAAAUAUAUCAUAGGAGACCCAAGGAGCUAAAAAUGCCUCUGGCAGCAUCAGUCUUGUUUUGUAUGUGAACCUGGUUGUGGGGAAUGCGAAACCAGCUCUGCCUCACGGCGGUGAUGGAAGAUGUGAGCAGGCUUUUGCUGCUGCUCUCAUAUCUGACCUUUCAACUGUUCAUGGUGACAGUAGUGUUUUGAGGGGUUGUUGGUUUUUUUUUCGUUUUCUCCAUUACUUCCUUUAUACAGGGAGGAGUGUUACCUGGUAAAAAUAAAAUGUCUUUCCAUUAUAA